AAAUGAAGGCGUGUGUAGAGACUCAUUUCUCUCCACAUGCGAUUGUGUAGAGAUGUAGAUAGAUGUGUGUUGAAGGCGUUUCAGUUUUUCCUGGGUUUCCCUUGCCGGCCUCUACCGUUUGUCUUUCGUUCGUGUUUGUCCCCGUUUCUGCAGACUGUCCCUCACUUUUACCUGAAGAUCUUCGCGGACUGUCACCGUCCACUCGAGCUUUCUUGUAACGGUGAUGGAGGUCGCCUGAGUAGUUCUUUCGUUGUCUUGGCCCGCGCGUCUGCUUGCACUCAAGAGACACGAGAACGAAGCCGAGAUGUCUGUCGAGGGUGACGGUCGAAUGCAAAAGAAAGAGACGCAUUGAACGGCUUUUAAGAGACAAAACUUCGUCUACUAGGUUUGCCCUCUCCGCAAGUGUGUCGACAUCGGCACCACUAUGCGUCUCUGGUCGUCCUCAAGUCUAGGAGGCCGUGCGAUUCGUACAUGGCAGAAGUUCUCAUUCUCGAUUUUAAUGACCUCACUGUACGGUCCUCCUUCCACGUGGAUGCGAGUGCCGUCUGGAUGUACCGCCACACUCUUCGUGGUUGCGUUUGAGAACAACACACGACCGCGACAAGAACGAUUAAUGAAAGAGGUUCAUAUCUCUUCGGUUCACUGGGGAGACGACGUUUCUCUCCUUCUGUCGCUCUCUAAUCGACGACGGUAUCUUUCGUCCACUCUAGCUUUGCAUCUUUCUCUUUUCUCCCUCACUUUGCUCUCUUUUCUCCUCUCUCCUUCCUCGUUUCUCUCCUCUCUUCCUCUCUUUCUUCCUCUCUCUUCUUGCAUCUCGCUUUCUCGCCUUUUCGUUAUUGCUUCUCUCUCCCUCUCCUCUGGUUCCUCUCGCCUCUCGCUUUCUUCUCGUCUCGUCUGGGUCCUGCUGGAGCUCACCUUCUUCCUCGCGCUUGGUGUGACUUCUGUGGGGUGCAUCCAGUCGAUUCGCACGGCGUUGUCUUCUCGCAAAACAACUUGUGUGUCGGACUGA